UAUCAUUUGAUAACAGCGGGAGGAACUAAAAGUGAUUACAAUGGCUCAGUGGGUUGGAUCAUGGUGUUUGAAACACAGAGCUGUAUUUUUUAUUUUUAAAUUGUAUUUAUUUAACCUUUUAUUUAACUCGGCAAGUCAGUUAAGAGCUCAUUCUUAUUUACAAUGACGGCCUGUUUGUUCACCCUCACUUCCAAAUUGGAAAUAUAUGAGGAUACCGUACGUACAUGUGUUGAAUUAAAGCCAUUACCAUUGUCAUCAUUUGUAUGAUUACAUCACGACAUGUUCUGCUUCUAUCCAAGGCUCUGUUUGUCUAAUUUUACACUCUGUUACCAUUGACACAAUCAUAGAGAUCCCUUUACAUGCCAGUGCCCUGAGGCUCACGAAAGCUCUCAGUGACGUGAAUAAUGCACGUGGAAAUGUGUGGCUCUUUUUGUGUGGCGAGGCUAGUUUAGCCUGAGAUGACACUGACACACUGCCACCUGUAAUUGGUGUCACGGGGAGAGCUCCUCGAAUUGGGACCGCAUGAUGAUGCUCGUCUGGGCAUUGUAGAAAGAGAGGGGGGAAGAGAAGGAAAUCAAGAAGGGUUAAAGAAAAAUGUGCACAAGCUCAUUCCUCAGGGAUUAGGGGAUGAAAAGCGGGCUGGUAUGCGGCUGCUGCUGGGUCCGGCUUGGACACGAACAACGCACUGGCCAAGAAGGCCCGCUAACCUGCUUUACCUUCAAACAUUUCUCCUUGAGUCUACUGCCUCAAAACUUUAGGCCGUCAGCUGUGACCCACGACUACCUUUCACUAUGUUUCUGAAUGGGCCCAUGCCUCCUGGGUUUGUUGUCCAGAGACUGCAGAGAGCCAAGAUGCACGGCGGUCGGAAGAAAACCAGGGUGCUGUGUAUGAUGAUGAUACUCAAUGUCUUCGUCUUCAUCCUUGUGGGUGUGUCUCGGAACCUGGGCCAGGACAAGGGGGACCAGCGGAAGCCACGCAUUCCCUCCAAGAGGUUCUGGAGGAAGCAGAUGACCAGCGAGAUCUUCUGGAAUAAGGAGCAGCAGAGGCUGGACUACAUCUACAACCCCAUCCUCAUGUUGGGUUUGACCAAUGACUCUCUCUUGGAGCUACCUGAUUGGCUCAACGACACCAAGUCCCCGGACCCCUGCCAACCGGACUACAGCGUCACCACCCAGGUGAAGGACUACAACUCCCUGCCACCCCGCUUCCAGGACUUCCUGCAGCACAUGCGCUGCCGCUCGUAUCCGAUGAUCAUGGACCAGCCACGCGUAUGCGAGAGCAAACCCUACCUCCUGUUGGCCGUCAAGUCCCUGGCGCCCCACUUCGACCGGCGGCAAGCCAUCCGGGAGUCGUGGGGGCGGGUGGGCGUUCUGGCCAAUCGGACUGUAGCCACCGUCUUCCUCCUUGGAAAUGCCGUGGCAGUCGACCACUUCCCCAACUUGUCUGGGAUGCUCAGCCACGAGGCCAGACUUUAUGGGGACCUCCUCCAGUGGGACUACCGAGACUCCUUCUUCAACCUCACCCUCAAAGAGGUGCUCUUCCUGGACUGGUUCAGCCAGCGUUGCCCCGACGCCCGCUUUGUCUUCAAGGGGGAUGAUGACGUCUUCGUCAACACCUGGAGGAUCUUAGAUUUCCUCCACAAUCUCCCAGAGAUCAGGGCCAGGGAUCUGUUCAUAGGGGAUGUAAUCACCAACGCCGGCCCGCACCGGGACCGGAAGCUCAAGUACUUCAUCCCAGAGAGUGUGUUCGUGGGGCCAUACCCUCCUUAUGCCGGCGGAGGAGGGUUCCUGUACUCUGGGGAACUGGCACUGCAGUUGCACAACAUCUCCCAGCAGGUGGCGCUGUAUCCUAUUGAUGAUGUCUACACAGGGAUGUGUCUCCAGAAGCUGGGCUUGGUUCCGGAGAAGCACAAGGGCUUCAGGACGUUUGACAUUGAUGAGAAAUACAGGGGCAACCCGUGCGCGUAUAAGAGCUUAAUGCUCGUGCACAGCAGGACGCCGCAGGAGAUGAUCAAAAUCUGGGCCUGGCUCAGCGAUCCAGAAUUGGACUGUCAGUGAGACAUCUACAUGCAUCCCAUAUUACACCCUAUUCCCUACAUAGUGCACUAUUUUUGACCAGAGACCUAUGGGCCCUGGUCAAAAGUAGUGUACUAUAUAGGGAAUAGGGUGCCAUUUGGGAUGCAUCCAAUGGGUCUUUGAGGAUUUUUUUGAUGUGUUCCAAGUGCUUUCUUUGGUUUUUGUGGAAUUCGCAAAAUCCUCGAGGUUCGAUAGCAAUGCUGGGUUCACGUGCUAGUUGGAACUCUGAAUUUUCUGACUUGCUAAUUAGUUGUAGUUAUACACGUGCUGUGUUCAACCAGUUAGCAAGUUGAACAUUUUUGAGUUUCCUAGUUCCGACUAGCACGUCACAAGUCAAUGUGUUCCAGCUUCAAUAGAAUCAGCUGAUAUAUCUCUAGCAUUCCAAAGUAUUUUUUUACAUGAGCAACCAUUCAUGUAAACUCUUCAAGACUGUGUUUGGCAAAUGUUUUAUCAUUAAUAUAAAUGUACUUGUACUGUA